GUGUACAUCCCUACGUAGUCAAUUGCUGUCUAACCUAUUAGCAGACUUGUUCGGUGGACUGCAAGCCGAGUUGGGAGGCUCUGGUUUACAGAUGCCGUGCCAGUUACUAAAAUGUCUAGAGGAUAAGCAUAAUUGGAAUCGAACGAGUGUUGUCAAGACUAAUCUACGGAAUUUCUUUGCUCAAUUAUUAAUUGGAGAGUUGGAUGUCGCUAUUGCAACAUCAAUUGAGAAUUAUCAUGCUAAGUGGGUUGGUGCAUCAUGUGCUGAUGUCUCGAGGGUUAUCCCCGACCCUGAAGAAGUCGAAAACGAAGGAUGGCAAGAACGGGCUCUCGAACGUAAGGCACAGAAACUUGCUACUAAGCUUGCUGAACAGAUGUUUCAAGAGAGAGCUGAGCAACUUGUUCAACGAGCAAAGGAUAUAGUAAGCUCGGGUCCUCCGCCUUGUGAGUGCAAGCCGCAAUCAGCGGUAUAUUCGUGUUUUGUAAAACCACCAAUAGUGGGAGGGAGUGGUGCCGGUAGUGGAGUCACAGGCGUCAGUACUACUGCUCCUCCGUAUUGGCGCAAGACCUUCCAGGACGUUACACAGCUCAGAGCGCAAAUAGAAGACCUUAAAAGAGAAACUAUUAAGAAAGCAGAUUUAAAAUUAAUGGAAAAUAAUAUAGCUAAAAUGGUGCAUCGUUCUUCGGUACUAGAGGCAAGUUCUGUGGCUGGGUCUAACAAACAAGUUAAUAACUUAGAAAAUAAUAAAGAACAGGACAUAAAAUAUACCGGAUUAGCUAAUACUGAUAAUAUUUCAAAGUACCAUCUAAACUCUAACAAAACUACUGCGAUUAAGAAAAAACAGUCAGAUGUAAUUGGUAGUUCUAAAAAAAUAAAUAAAAACAUUACUGGCAAUAUUGGAAAAACAGGUAAAACUUAUAAAAAGAAUGAACAAGCAUAUACUGUUAAUGUGUGUUUUUGUGAUUCACAAAAAUAUCCUUCUAAAACAAUUAAGCAUCAUAAACCAAAUUGUUCUAUGGAAAAUGAAUGUAGACUGUCACGAAAAGAUAACACUUCUAAAGAUAUUGUAUCCCAAAUGUCAAGUGUAAGACAAACUAAGCCUAUUUAUGAUAUAGAAUCUACAUUAACAAAUAAUAAAAAAGGCAAAACAUCUAGCGAACCAUCUUGUAGAAGUAAUUGUGUUUGUUUUUAUAAAGUGCCGUCAAAUACUUCAAUAGAUAAAUUAUUAGAAACUUUGACAAAAUGGAAAUAUGAUUUAACUAACGUUUCUAAUCAAAAUACGAUGCCAGUCUUGAAUAAUCAUAAAUCGAAACAAAUAAGUAAUAAUUUAAAUAUUAAUAUAAAAACACAAGAAUCACCUAUAAUUAUAAAAUCGAUAAAAAGUGAUAUAAACUCCAGUAUUUCUAAAGGUAUAGAAUUCGAACAAUACUUACCUCCUACAACAGAAUCAGAAUAUAUGGGUGAAAUAAAUUUGGAUAAUGACAUGUUUAGUGGUUGUAACAAAAAAAAUAAUAGUUUUAAUAAAAGUAGUUAUAGGAACAAAUCUCAAGAUAAAUUAAAUAUCCCAAUUAAUUGUUUAAGUCCUGAAACAUGUAAUUGUAAAAAAUGUUCAGAAGAAAAAGAGAUACAAAAGGAUCAAUUAACUUUGUGUAAUAAUGAAGAACAAACAAAAAUGUUACAAAGUAAGUCACAACUAAGCAUUGAACAAACACAAAAACUUCAAGAACAAAGUGAUUUAAUUUCAAAUACAGAGGAUAUAACUACUGAUAUGAAUGAAAAUAAUAAAAUGAAAGAUUUAUUUCCUUCUAACAGUCAAUACUACAAUAUAAAAUUUUUAGGCGUUACACUAGCUAACACUAAUUCGCAAUGCAUUUUGCAUGAUGAAUAUACCUUAAAUGUUAAGAAUAACAAAAAUAUUUUAAAAAACAAUGAAACAAUGAAUGAAGUAUGUUAUAAUAAUAAAGAUCAAUCAAUUAAGGAGGAAUACAGAAAUAUAAAUGUAGAUCAGAGAGAUGAACAUUUACUGGCAUGUAAUUGUAAUAUUAAGUUUAAUGAAUUCAAGUAUUUUACGGGUGAGAAACUUAGCAAACAACGCGUUAAUUUUUAUGAAAAUGAAAAAGCAGUUGAAUCUCAGAGUUUUAAUGAUAAUGUAAUAAUAGACAAACAUGAAAUGUGUGUUUGUUGUAAUGACAAUAAAUUUGAUAAUUCUCGUGAUUUAGAAGUUAAUACCUUUCAUCUAUUAGAAGAACAUCUGAAAAAUAGAUUAGAAGAAUUUAGACAGUCUUCCUGCAAAUCUUCAUGUAUAUCACUCGAUGAACAAGAAAAAAUAUUUUCAACAAUUUUUCAAAGAGUCAAACAGAUAAUUUCCGAUAGUUCAAAUAAAAUUAUAUGUAAGUGCCUAGACGAAGAGCCUUCUCUAGGAAGUUGGAAUCGAGCCUAUUGUUUAUUACAAGAAUACUUAAAAACUAAAAUAAAACGUGUUGGAUGUUGUUGUGUAUCAUUCCAAAAUGAAGAAAAAUUUGUACCCGAUGUAUUGGACCAAGUAUGUCAUUUAAUAGAGAAUGAUUUUGAACGCUUGAAAAGUUUAUGUAAAUGUAAAAAUACUGUUAAUAAAAGUGAAGAAAAUUAUUUGAUGACUCAAAAUGAAUUACCAGAAAGAGAUAUAAAUAACGAUUCAUAUAAUCAUUAUCCAUUAUCUAAAAAUUUAGAUACAUCCAGCAUUGUAGACCAAAAUUAUAAUACCAAUAAACUGUCUAAAUUAAAUUCACCUAUCAUUCUGGCUCAAAAUAUAUCAGCUCAAGUGCCCAGUAAUCUAGAAAUGAAAACGAAAUCUUGUGAUGCUAUGGAGAGAAAAAAUAAAAAUGUACAAAUCACAGAGUCUCAUGAGCUACUUGUAAAUAAAUAUUGUAAUUCUUCUGAUAUCUGUUGUCAUUGUAAUUUACCUAAAAACAGCAGAAAACCAUAUUCUGAAUUAUUUGGUACCAAUGAAAUUUUAAAUAUGGAAAAUAACGUUAAAAGCAACAGUAAAUACAAAACGUUUAACGAUGGAACUCAGAAAAAGAGAAGUAAACCUAAUAUAAUAUCAAGAAUAUUCAUAUGUUGGAUGUGUCCAGUGCUAGUAAAAGGAAACAAGAGAGAUGUUGAAGAAAAGGAUCUUAUUGUUCCCAAUAAGCAAUACGACUCAGAAAGACACGGUGAUAAACUUGAAAGAUAUUGGUUAGAAGAAUUGGAACGAUCAAAGAGAGAAAAUAGAGAUCCAUCGCUGUGGAAGGCUUUAAAAAAAGCUUACUGGUUAGCAUACAUGCCAGGAGCAAUAUAUGUAGGUUUAUUAAGCAUUGCAAGGACCAUUCAACCGCUGCUAUUUUCCCGGCUUCUAUCCUAUUGGACUGAUCCGACUAUGACGCGACAGGAAGCCGGUUUGUAUGCCUUGGGCAUGCUUGGAUCUAAUUUCGUAACGAUGAUGUGCCAACACCACAAUAAUUUGUUUGUUAUGCGGUUCAGUUUAAAAAUAAAAAUCGCAUGCUCAGCACUCCUUUACAGAAAGGUUUUACGUAUGAGUCAAGUGGCGUUGGGUGAAGUGGCUGGUGGCAAGAUAGUCAACUUACUUUCUAACGACUUAGCAAGAUUCGACUACGCAUUCAUGUUCCUCCACUACGUGUGGUUGAUCCCCAUACAGACUGCUGUAGUCUUGUACUUGUUGUAUAACAGAGCUGGGUACGCGCCCUUCGUUGGAUUAUUCUCUGUCAUCAUUUUAAUCUUCCCUAUACAAGCUGCUCUUACUAAGCUUACAGCAGUAAUAAGACGCCAAACCGCUCAAAGAACAGACAGAAGAAUAAAACUUAUGAAUGAAAUUAUUAAUGGAAUUCAGGUGAUUAAAAUGUACGCAUGGGAAAAGCCUUUUCAAAAGGUGGUGGAAUUGGCACGAUCCCACGAGACAAGCGCCCUCAGGAAUGCUAUCUUCGUCAGGAGCGUGUUCAUUGGAUUUAUGCUGUUCACCGAUAGAACUAUCAUGUUUAUCACUAUCCUUACCCUUGUUCUUAGUGGCGAAAUGAUUUCAGCUUCGACGAUCUAUCCGAUUCAACAAUAUUUCUCCAUAAUUCAAUUCAACAUAACUAUGAUAUUACCACUACUUAUAGCCUCGUUGUCCGAGAUGAAAGUUUCAGUGGAACGCAUCCAAGGAUUCAUGAUAAUGGAGGAAAGAGACGACGUAUCAUUGAAGAAUAAAACUAACGAAAAUUACAAAAAUAACAUAGUGAUUGAUCACAAUGCAAAAACAUCUGAUACAAAUAACGUUCAUGGGAAUAAAUAUUCUUCAUUUGAGAAUUUUUCAGAAUUGCAUCCGAUUGCACGCCCACAAAAAUUCGAAGGCACAGAUAUGGUCGUGGAGUUAUCGGGAGUUACCGCAUCAUGGUUAAAUGAAACUCCUAUUGAAGAAUGUACUCUUAGGAACAUCUCGAUGCGUCUACGGAAGGGUAAACUCUGCGCAAUUAUUGGACCCGUUGGUACUGGAAAGACCUCGCUACUUCAACUUUUACUAAAAGAGAUGCCGUUACGAUCGGGCUCCGUUAAAGUUAAUGGUACAGUAUCAUACUCAUGUCAAGAGUCUUGGCUUUUUGCGGGCACUGUCCGACAAAAUAUUAUUUUUGGAUUGCCUUACGACCCUGAGAAAUAUAAAGAGGUAUGCCGAGUUUGCUCGCUGUUGCCAGACUUCAAACAGUUUCCAUACGGGGAUUUGUCUUUGGUCGGUGAUCGCGGUGUUUCCCUCUCAGGCGGCCAAAGAGCUAGAAUUAACUUAGCGAGAGCUGUGUACAGAGAGGCCGACAUUUAUCUGCUGGACGACCCGCUGUCGGCGGUGGAUGCAAAUGUAGGCCGGCAGUUGUUCGAGGGCUGCAUCAAGGGUUACUUGAGCGGGAAGACAGUCAUUCUUGUCACUCAUCAGUUACAUUAUCUCAAGGCAGCCGACUACUUAGUCAUCUUAAAUAAUGGAACAAUUGAAAAUAUGGGUUCUUAUGAUGAAUUGGUAAAAUCUGAAAAAGAAUUCUCAUUCUUGCUGUCCAGUCUUCAAGAAGGUGAAAGCGAUGAGAAAGAAGAUAGCGUUUCGGACGACAAGGGUGUUAAGCGAACAUCAAUGAAAAGAAAUAUAUCAGUUAGAAGUGAAAACGAAAAUCCUAACGCAGAAAAGGAACAAAAGCAGGCCGCAGAAGAGAGGGCCACAGGCAACUUGAAGUGGGAAGUGGUGAGCAAGUACUUGAAGUCUGUCAACUCCUGGUUUAUAGUAUUUCUAGCGUUUGCAACGUUGACGAUAACACAAGCCACUGCCACCACUGUCGACUAUUGGGUCAGUUUUUGGACGAAUAAUGUGGAUGAUUAUAUUCAAAAUCUACCUGAAGGCGAAGAGCUUGAUUCAAGUUUAAAUAGUAAAAUAGGACCAUUAACGAAUUCACAAUACCUUUUAGUCCAUGGUUGUGUAAUAUUAGCCCUCAUAAUAUUUGCACAGAUCAGAAUCGCAACGUUCGUUUCUGUUACAAUGCGAGCUUCACGAAAUUUGCAUAACAUGGUAUUUAAAAAAUUAAUUAUCACUGUUAUGAGGUUUUUCGACACCAAUCCAAGCGGUCGUAUUCUCAAUAGGUUCUCGAAGGACAUAGGAGCGCUGGACGAACUGUUACCUCGCAGCAUCCUGGAGACGCUGCAGAUGUACUUCUCCAUGACGAGCGUGCUCGUGUUGAACGCGAUUGCCCUCCCCUGGACACUCAUACCGACCGCCGUGCUCGUCGUCGUCUUCGUGCUCCUGCUCAGGUGGUACCUGAAGGCCGCUCAGGCAGUGAAGCGGUUAGAGGGCACCACUAAGAGUCCAGUAUUUGGAAUGAUCAAUUCCACUCUCGCUGGAUUGGUCACCAUUAGAAGUUCCAAUUCCCAAGAUCAACUUCAACGACAAUUCGAUGACGCACAGGACCUCCAUUCGAGUGCUUUCUAUACAUACUUGGGCGGCUCUUCUGCAUUUGGCUUGUACUUGGACGCUAUUUGCCUUGCGUAUCUUGGAAUGAUAUUGUGCAUUUUUAUUCUGGUUGAAUUUGAUGAGCAUGUCAUCCCAGUUGGAAGUGUCGGUCUGGCGGUGACCCAGUCGAUGACGCUUACAAUGUUGUUGCAAAUGGCAGCCAGAUUUACAGCUGAUUUUCUUGGUCAAAUGACUUCUGUAGAGAGAGUACUUGAAUAUACUAAGCUGCCUUGUGAAAAAAAUAUGGAAGUAGGAUCUACCACACCACCAACUAAUUGGCCUUUGAAAGGAGAAGUAAAGUUUGAAAAUGUCUUCAUGAAAUAUGGUCCUGAGGAUCCUCCGGUUUUAAAGAACUUGAAUUUCGUAAUCAAGGAAGGUUGGAAGGUGGGUGUCGUAGGACGGACGGGAGCCGGAAAAUCUUCUCUUAUAUCAGCACUCUUUCGCCUCUGUGACAUCGAUGGCAGCAUUAAAAUUGAUGGAGUAGAUACAGGAACAAUUGCUAAGAAGGACUUAAGAUCGAAGAUAUCUAUAAUACCUCAAGAGCCGGUUUUGUUUUCUGCAACAAUACGAUACAAUUUAGAUCCCUUCGAAAAUUACAGCGAUGAUGAGAUUUGGAGAGCGCUCGAGCUGGUGGAACUAAAGGAAGCCGUGCCAGCCCUGGACUAUAAAGUGUCGGAAGGCGGAAGCAACUUCUCCAUGGGCCAGCGGCAGCUCAUCUGCCUGGCGCGUGCUGUUCUGCGCUCCAAUAAAGUGCUCGUCAUGGAUGAGGCUACUGCCAAUGUUGACCCGCAAACUGAUGCCCUGAUUCAGAAGACAAUUCGCAACGUGUUCACAAGCUGCACAGUGAUCACGAUCGCGCACCGUCUCAACACGAUCAUGGACUCAGACCGCGUGCUCGUGAUGGACAAAGGACUCGCGGUGGAGUUCGAUUAUCCUUACAUUCUGCUCUCCAACCCCAACAGCACUUUCAAUUUAAUGGUCAAAGAGACCAGCGAGAGCAUGAGCAAAGUACUGUAUGAAAUAGCCAAAUUGAAAUACGACAACGACAAUCUUAAACGAUAAAUUACAUUUACGAGUAGUUUUAGAUCAAUAUUUGUACAUAAUUUAGAAUAUGAAUAGAAGUAAGGUAAGGAAAGUCAUUUAAUCCGAGCCAUACAAUUUCAUUUAAUUGUAAACCAGUUUACGUGUUGUAGAACAUACUUAAUAAGUUCCGAGAAUAACCGGAAUCCUUAUUCUCCACCUCUUAUUUAUUUAGCAAAUAUAUCUAAGAAAAAAUUAGUUUUUCAAAAGAUACUAAGAAAAAAUAAGUUUUUCAUAAGAUUUUAUACACCACUUUUUUACUAUAAUUGUUAUUAAAUAUAUACUAAUAUUAUAAAGAGAUUUGAUUUUUUGUAAUGGAUAAAUUUAAAAAACUCAAUCGAUUUUAAAGUCUAUAUUAGAUUUUAGAGGCUAUUAUUUUCUAAAAUUCUAUCUAUCCAUGUGUAACUGGGCCGGAUCACUAGUUAAAAAAUAAAAGUCUGUGAUUAUAGAACAUAACUUAUUACUGACUUAAUUAAAUGCCUCUGUAACUCAUUAGAUUCUUAUACAAUUUAUUUAAAACUA